AGCAAUCUCAGAUCUCUCCUCAAAGCUACCUCACAGGGGGCGGAAUGUCCACUCCAUGGGUUUCUUCGACGGCCCCCUGGAGUGAAAACAGCAAAAGAGUUCAGAAUGUGAAAUUAGCUGUAAUAAAUGGGUGUGUUUCGGGGAACCGUCUUCUGUAUCAAUUAGGCUGGGGAAAGUGUAGGGGCUGGACUGGUCACGUGUUGUUUGUCCAUGAAUCUGUACUGGCUCCCUCGGCCCCGGGGCACGCAGAACCCCAUCAGCAGUGUGCUCUGGCUCCCGUUACGAUGCGUUACAGAGGGGGCCCCUCAGGGCAUGGUCUCUCCCCGCUGCCCUCUGCAUCGUGUGCUGGCCUGAAGUUCAGUGGUAUGGCCUUCAAAGCUUUUGCAGCUGUGUCGGACUUGGCUUAGUUGGACUGGGGUAAGGGACUUUGUUCCUGGCGGACACUGAAGAGUCAGUUAAUGCAGAGGAUCCACUAAACAUAGGAUGUUGCCACAGAACCUACCUCGUGAACUUUUUUCUUUAGCUCAUGAGCUGCACAGUUGCAGUUUUGAGCAGGAUGUCUGCAGCCAGUGUUCAUGUUGAAAACCCUGAAGAACCUGACCAACAGAGGAUGACCUAGAAGUGAUUCUAAGGCUGUCACAAGAUAUUCCUUAGUGAAAGUCCAUCUUGGCUCUGAAUGUUACAGAUAACAGCAAACAGACUUGCUCCUUUAUUUCAGAAGUAUUCACUUGACCUUCCGUCAGUAAGAUUGACUUUUCUAAUCUGUUUCGAGAGCUAUUAAUGGAAUACAGUCAUGUCCACUCAAGACGAGAGGCAGAUCAAUACUGAAUAUGCUGUGUCCUUGCUGGAACAGUUGAAGCUGUUUUAUGAACAGCAGUUGUUUACUGAUAUAGUGUUAGUUGUUGAGGGCACUGAAUUCCCUUGUCAUAAGAUGGUUCUUGCAACAUGUAGCUCUUAUUUCAGGGCCAUGUUCAUGAGUGGACUAAGUGAAAGUAAACAGACACACGUGCACCUGAGAAAUGUGGAUGCUGCCACCUUACAGAUAAUAAUAACUUAUGCUUACACGGGUAACUUGGCAAUAAAUGACAGCACUGUAGAGCAGCUUUAUGAAACAGCUUGCUUCCUACAGGUGGAAGAUGUGUUGCAACGUUGUCGAGAAUAUUUAAUUAAAAAAAUAAAUGCCGAGAAUUGUGUGCGAUUGUUAAGUUUUGCUGAUCUCUUCAGUUGUGAGGAAUUAAAACAGAGUGCGAAAAGAAUGGUGGAGCAUAAGUUCACUGCUGUGUAUCACCAGGAAGCGUUCAUGCAGCUAUCACAUGACCUACUGAUAGACAUCCUCAGUAGUGACAAUUUAAAUGUAGAAAAGGAAGAAACAGUUCGAGAAGCUGCUAUGCUGUGGCUAGAAUACAACACAGAAUCACGAUCCCAGUAUUUGUCUUCAGUUCUUAGCCAAAUCAGAAUUGAUGCACUUUCAGAAGUAACCCAGAGAGCUUGGUUUCAAGGUUUGCCACCCAAUGAUAAGUCUGUGGUGGUUCAAGGUCUUUAUAAGUCCAUGCCGAAGUUUUUCAAACCAAGACUUGGGAUGACUAAAGAGGAGAUGAUGAUUUUCAUUGAAGCAUCUUCAGAAAAUCCUUGUAGUCUUUACUCUUCUGUCUGUUACAGCCCCCAGGCAGAAAAAGUUUACAAGCUGUGUAGCCCGCCAGCUGAUUUGCAUAAGGUUGGGACUGUUGUAACCCCUGAUAAUGACAUCUACAUAGCAGGAGGUCAAGUUCCUCUUAAAAAUACAAAAACGAAUCAUAGUAAAACAAGUAAACUUCAGACUGCCUUCAGAACUGUGAAUUGCUUUUAUUGGUUUGAUGCACAGCAAAAUACCUGGUUUCCAAAGACACCAAUGCUUUUUGUCCGCAUAAAACCAUCUUUGGUUUGUUGUGAAGGCUACAUCUAUGCAAUUGGAGGAGAUAGUGUAGGUGGAGAACUUAAUCGGAGGACCGUAGAAAGAUACGACACUGAGAAGGAUGAGUGGACCAUGGUAAGCCCUUUGCCUUGUGCAUGGCAGUGGAGUGCCGCUGUUGUGGUUCAUGAUUGCAUUUAUGUGAUGACACUGAACCUCAUGUACUGUUAUUUUCCAAGGUCUGAUUCGUGGGUAGAAAUGGCCAUGAGACAGACUAGCAGGUCCUUUGCUUCAGCUGCAGCUUUUGGUGAUAAAAUUUUCUAUAUUGGAGGAUUGCAUAUUGCUACCAAUUCUGGCAUCAGACUCCCUUCUGGCACUGUAGAUGGGUCUUCAGUAACUGUGGAAAUAUAUGAUGUGAAUAAAAAUGAGUGGAAAAUGGCAGCCAACAUCCCUGCUAAGAGGUACUCUGACCCCUGUGUUAGAGCUGUUGUGAUCUCAAAUUCUCUGUGUGUGUUUAUGCGGGAAACACACUUAAAUGAGCGAGCUAAGUAUGUCACCUACCAAUAUGAUGUAGAACUUGACCGGUGGUCUUUGCGACAACAUAUAUCUGAACGUGUACUGUGGGACUUGGGCAGAGAUUUUCGAUGCACUGUGGGGAAGCUUUACCCGUCCUGCCUUGAAGAAUCUCCAUGGAAACCACCAACUUAUCUUUUCUCACCAGACGGGACAGAGGAAUUUGAACUGGAUGGAGAAAUGGUUGCACUGCCACCUGUAUAGUUGGAGUUCAGGGAGUGCACGUCUGAUUUAUGUGCUUUGUCAUUUGUUUGCUAAAUGAGAGGCUAUGAAAGGACUAAAUAUGAGUACAUAAAAAUCUAUCUUUGAUAAAUUUUAUUUUUAUGCCCUACUUAAUAUUUGCAUCAGUAUAAUAUAUAUAUCAGUGAGUCUUACAGAAAGAUAUGCUUCCAUAAUAUGAAAUAGGUUAUUCAGUAAUUGAGAAACUUUUACGUGUAUCAUGAGAGCAUAAGAAUCUGGAUUAUCUAACAUUGUUAGCCCUGUGUAUGUACAGUUCAAAAAGUUCACUUAUAAAGUAGUUUCUUGUUCUUAGUGUGGUAUAUCACAAAUUGUGCUGAGGUUAUUUUAGUAUGUGUAUUUCAUUCCUGUGCUUCUUUUCUGAAGUCUUGGAUUACAGUUUUUCCAGUGUAAUUAAUUCAGCUGCACUUAACACUAACGUCCAUGUUGGUAUAGAGUUGUUGUCUAAAUCCUGUCUAUGGUUGAGGAAGAUCUUCCAUAGUUUUAUGGUAUUACACAGGGAACGCUAUGACUGCAGGAUCAGUCUUACUAUCCUAUUAGGUGCAUGUAUUCUCUUUCCACUAACUUAUACUUGUCUAUCUAGAAUACAGGUUGUCCAGUCCACUGGUCAUAUACCAGGUUUGGACUUAUGUUGCUGGGUUUGCAAUAAGAAUUGCUAGCCCCUCAUUGUGCGGGUCUGUGUGGAGCUUUAAUCAGUAAAUGUCUCCACUCUGUAUUACGUUAACAUUGGCUCAUGCAUAUAACUACCUGCUGCUGAUGUAGUUCUCCAUCUUAAAGAUUUAUAGUGGGUUUACCAGGUCAUUACAUCUUAAUUUAAUAACAAGCAUUACUGUAGAGUGAUUGUGUACAGGUUAUCUGUUAGCUGUCAGGGUUUUUUUUUUUUUUAACCUGUUGUGUGUGUGUGUUGUGGGGGUAGGAUUAGGAAGGUGAACUGUUCAGGAAUUUUCUGCACAAGCUGUGCAGAAGAGCAGGUAACUCGCACUGCUCUGGCAUUAAUCCCAGGAACCACUAGCAGUAGUGGGGCGCCGCCAAUUUAACAUGCGCACAGGUGCUUCAUGACAAACAUUACUAGCAUGGUCAACUGCAUAAUGUUCUGGCACUGUAUUUUGAAUGACAUUAAUUUAUUAAAUAAAUUGUAUAUAUUCAAUAUCUGUUAGUUUCGAUUUUACCGUGUCAGCCUCACUAGUUGUAGGUGGUUUCUUCAGAAUGUUCUUAGAUACAUAUGUCUGCCUACAUAUGGUAGUAUUCCCCCUUAUUUGUAGUUUCAUUUUUCUGUGGUUUCUUACCCACAAUCAACAGGGGUCUGAAAAAUAUUAAAAUGGUAAAUUCCAAAACUAAACAAUUCAUUAAUUCAUAAGUUUUAUGUUGCACAGUACUCUGAGUAACAUGUCUCUCAUGGUCCUGAAUCCUCCCUUUGUCCAGCACACCAUGCUGUAGAGGCCUGAUGCCGCCCCAAGUCACUUACUGGCCAUCUUGCUUAUGAGAUGGCAUUUUGCAGUAGAUGCAGACAACCAUAUGCACCUUUCAUAGUAUUGUUGAUCUCUUGAUCUCUUACUGUGCCUCAUUUACAAGCUUUAUCAUAGAUAAGCGUGUAGGAAAAAACAAAUAUAAAGGUUUGUACAUUCAGUGGUUUCAGGGACCUACUGGGGGUUCUUAGAACACACCUCAUGCAGACAGGAGUAUAGGCUUCUCUUAAUUCAAUGGCUUUCAGCCCUGGUAGCAAACUAGAAAUCCCUUUGUUGUACCUUUGAAAAGCUUGAUACUUGAACCUCAUCCAAAACAGGCCAUGGACACCAGCUGUGGUGGGUGGAUUCAGCCCUCUCUCUGACGCACUGCAGGUUGUUCUCUGGUGCAUUCCCACAUGAGUACCAUUGGUUUAGGCCUUAAAUAUGAGAAAGAUUGAUCUUCAGUCAUUAGCAUCCCUAAAGCAUGUCAUUGAUUAUCUUUACAUUUUAUUUUUUUUUAAUUUAAACUUUUUUUUCUAGCAAGCUCACAUCUGCUGGUUUACUCCCCAAAUGUCCAUCACAGCUGGACUGAGGCCAAAGGCAGAAGCCAACAACCCAACCUCUUGAGCUAUCACCAUUACUUCCUAGGACCUACAUUAUUAGGAAGCUGAAGUCAAGAGCCAGAGCCAGGUAGUGAAUUCAGGCACUCUGAUGUUGGACAGGGACAACUUAACUCAUCUUUACUACUAGACCAAACACCACCUCCCUUGUUUAAAGACAAACUCUGCACUGCCUACCGAAUGAAGUCAGUUUUCUUAGCACAUUUAAGGCCCUCUACUAUUUUGCUUAAAAUGACAACCUCAUCUUACUGUUUUCCCAUAAGCCUUAACUUACAUUCAGGUUUCUUGCCAUAUUUUUUAAUGCUACUCAGAAUAAUGUUUACAUCCCAACUCCACCUGUGGCUGUUUUUUCUGUUGUUCAAGAUCUUUUAAGUGAAAAAAAAAAACCAAAACAAAACUUUUUUUUAAAGAUUUAUUUAUUAGAGUUACAGAGAGAGAGAGAGAAAGAGAGGUCUUCCGUCCGUUGGUUCACUCUCCAAUUGGCCGCAAUGGCCAGAGUUGUACCAAUCCGAAGCCAGGAGCUUUCCCCGGAUCUCCCACGUGGGUGCAGGGGCCCAAGGAUUUGGACUAUCUUCUGCUAUCCCAGGCCAUAGCAGAGAGCUGGAUCGGAAGUGGGGCAGCCAGGAUUAGAACCGACGCCCAUAUGAGAUGCUGGUGUUUCAGGCCAGGGCUUUAACCUGUUGUGCCACAGCGCCGGUCCCAAGUCAAAUGUUUCUGAUUAUCACCUCUUAUAUGUGCUAAAAAGUCCCUUCUCACAUCCUUAGUACCUUCUGCCAUAAUGUUACCUGGUCAGGUGUUCAUGUUGGUCUUAAUGUACUUAUAAAAAUGAUCGAUGUUUUUGAUCAUUUUUGCUGUUGCUAAUUUGUAACUGACAGAACUUAAACAUUAAAUGAAUUUGCUUGUCAUCUUCUCUCUAAACUUGGACUGCUGAGCAUUGCUACCGAAAAUCACAUAAUGGCACAGGUUGGCGCCUUGCUGUACUUUCUGGGUAUUGUCCUCUGCUAGGUCCAUCCUAACAGUUUGAAAUUCGGGUCUCAUUAAAUCUUCACCCUCCCCACCCCUCUCCCUCCAUAAGCAGAUUGUUUCUGUUUCACAGGACAAACAACUAUCCCUCACCAGAUCUGCCUGCAUCCGCCAUUGCUGCUGCUUGUAGCCAUAGAAGGAAUACAAAUGUUAAGAGUCUGUAUUAAAAAUUUCACCCUCU